AUGAAUCCGAUUUUAUUGUUUGUUUUUGUUUCAUCAAUACCAGUUAUAAAUAGUUCUUAUAAUCCAAUUCCAGUUGGUUCUGUUAUUAUUUCCACUACACGUACAAUAACAGUUAUGAAUCCAGUUGAACUUGGUGGUAAUGAUAAAGUAACAUUAAUUUUUACAGCUCAUAAAAAUAUGACUAUUGUAAGUACAAUAUUUGAUCCUGCAAUGCGUGAUCUUUAUAUACUCUUUACAAAUACAACGAGUGAAACUAUUUAUAUAUGUCAAUUAAUAUCUGUUGAAAAACUUGAUUCUACUAUUUAUCAACUACCAAUUUCAUUGAAUACAUCAUAUAUAAAUAGAUUAACAUCAUUUUCAUCAGAUAUUUAUAAUAAACGUAUAUUUCUUACCGAUAGUACAGGUACUUUAACAAUGUUUUCAAUGAGUGGUACAAUGAAUACAAUUAUUACUAUACCAGACACAAUAAAAUCUCCAAUACGAUCUGUAAAUUUCAAUAUAAUUUUAAAUCGUUUAUUUAUUAUUACUGAUACAAGUGUAUUUUCUUGUACUGGUCUUGAUACAAAUAAUCUUCAAUGUUGUCAAGCAUUACCUAAAGCAGAUCAACUUCGUACAAUUGUAUUUGAUGCAUCAACGAAUGAUCUACGUCCAUAUGUUUUAGAUGAACGUACUGGUAUUUAUCAAGUUGUUAUGAAUAAUAUAACCGAUUGUCCAGUAGCUUUACGUCCAAUUAAUACGAUUGGAACUUAUAAUAACCUACAUUUAUCUAUUUAUCAAGAAAUAUAUUUUUGUGCAGGAAGUACGGAUAAUUCAAAUCAUUAUUCGAUUCUAUUUAUUGGAAAUGCACAACAAUUACCACGUACUAUACCAUUCGAUGCAUCAAUUGUAGCAUUACAUAUAUCAUAUCCAGAUUUAAAAUCAAGAAAUAAUAUUGGAGAAAGUUGUUUUCAUGGUAUUACAUAUCAUGAUUAUCGUAUUGCUGUUGUCCUAGCUGCUAUAUUUGGUACAAUCAUGGGUAUUUUUAUGUGUUUUAAUGCAUUAUUUUGUAUUGAUUUUUUUAUGACAAAACAUAUUAUUAGAGAUUUAAAAAGACAGAUACCUCAUAAUGUAUUAGAAGAUCGAUGGAAUAGAUUAGUCAAUGAAAAAUAUGCAAAAUUAGCACUUGAAAUUCAUCGAAAAAAAGAUGAUCCACCACCUAAACGAAAAUCAUCUCUUUCUUCACGAAAAAUGUUAACCAAUGAUAAUGUUCUACCUCCAAGUGGACGUGAUAAUACUUAUCAACCUUCUAAUCCAAUACCAAAAAUUUCGACAUAUAUUCGUCGUAAAAGUGAAAGUUAUUUAGGUCGUUGUCGUCGUCUUAGUGAUGAAAAUCGAUUACCAACAAAUAAUCAUACAUCAAACACACCAAAAAUUCGUGCUGAAAGAAUACGGGAAGACGAUCAUUAUACAGAUGUUCCGGAAAAUGUUAAACAACCUGACGUUGCAAAAACUAAUGGAGAGCUUUUAUAA